CUCCUGUUCCCUCUCGUAGCCAGCAAAGGGAUGAUUCCAGUCUGCCAACUGCUACUGAUCCUGUAUGUUGGCUUCGUUGGAGCUGACUCGGAAUCUCCCAGCAAUGUUUCAUCACUGAGCUACAACUACACUACAUCCAAUGAUUCCCAAACCAUCGUCGGUGCUCAAGCCAUCCUCAAUGGAUUUAGAUUCUGUGUUAGAAGAUGUGAUGGCCGACCAAGGACCUGUUACUUCAAGCUUAAUGUCCAGCUAUAUUCAGUGCUUGGAGGUGCUUGCCGGAAUUGUGCAUUUGGCACUCCUUCAGACUGCAUGAGGCCACAAUGUAUAACUGCAAAUGGAUGGUACAGAGGUUUGAUUACUGUGAACAGGCAACUACCUGCACCGCCUAUACAGGUUUGCAGAGGUGACAGGAUAAUUGCAGAUGUUGAAAAUGCAAUGCCAGAUGCUACAGUUACCAUUCAUUGGCAUGGUAUAAGACAAAAGGGUUACCAGUAUUAUGAUGGUGUCCCAUAUGUGACUCAGUGUCCUAUACAACCAGGCACUACAUUUAGGUAUAAUUUUGUAGUAGACGAAGCAGGAACAUUUUUUUACCAUUCUCACACAGGUCUACAGAAAAUGGAUGGUGUUUCUGGAGCACUUAUUGUCAGAGAUGUCUAUGACAGUCAGUCACAUUUUUAUGAUGAUGAUCGGCCUGAUCAUGUGAUGUUCAUUAGUGACUGGACAAAUAGACCAGCAGUAGAAUACCUACCAGGAUUCAAUCAUCCUGAUAUCAGCCAAAUUCCAGACACGUUCUUGAUAAAUGGAAAAGGAAUGCACUGGGCUAACAACAGAAGCAUUGACUUACCUCUAGCUGAAUUUAUGGUUAGUCGUGGCCAACGAUACAGAUUUCGUUUGAUUGGUGGUACAUGUAUGUCUUGUGCAGUAGCCAUAAGAUUCCAAGGUCAUAGAGUCUUAGCAAUCACUGCAGACGGAAACUUAAAAUUUGUUCCGAGACUUGUAGACACAGUCAUUCUCAACUCAGCUGACCGAUUCGAUGUGAUCCUUGAAGCAAAUCAAUAUAUUGGUACUUAUUUUAUUUUUGCUGAAAGUAUUCAGGAACGCUGCAAUGGUGUACGCCAAGUAGCUCUUCUGAAGUAUCAAGGUUCUAAUGCUUACGUGAGACUACCACCUCCUACUCCAUCUAGGAACCUGGGUAUAGAAUUUAAUGCUGUUGAAUCACGCUGUGAUGGUUCAAACAGUAAUAAGAUCUGUAUUGGACACUUACAAGGUCUAACGGAUGCACCAGCUAUUGGAAAUCAGUACUAUGCAUUUCUAUUUAUAGGAUUUGAUUUUUACAUGUUUGAUGAUGAAGACUUAUAUUCUCCAGGCACAUAUCAACAUUAUGAUGAACCGUUUAUGGGAAGAAGGGUUAAAGCGUUGGUAAACAACAUUUCCUUCACGUUUCCACCAAGUAAUAUGCUGACUCAGUUCAAUGAAAUACCAAGACAAAAUUUAUGCAACUCUCAAUGUUAUUCCUCAAACAUUCAGAAGUCUUGCAGCUGUACUAAUUUCUAUAAUCUACCAUUUAACACUGUUGUAAAUGUGAUUAUUUAUGAUAAUGGUGAUCGUGUUGGAAUACCUCACCCCUAUCACCUUCACGGUUUCAACUUCCAUGUUCUAGAACAAGGUGUUUUCCCUUCAACUGAUCCACAAAAUAAGCAGUUGAUGCUCAACCGAAUGAUGCACCAGCUAAAUAAUGAUAAUGUCAAUCUAAGGUCUAGACCACAAAGAGAUACAAUCAGUGUUCCUCCUUUGGGCUACGUUCUCACCCGAUUUUAUACUGACAAUCCAGGUUACUGGCUGUUGCAUUGCCAUUUUGCUUAUCAUUUGGAGGCAGGAAUGGCUGCUGUUUUCAGAGUUGGAGACCAAUCACUUCUACCACCUGUUCCUGAAAACUUUCCUCGCUGUGGAAAUUUCUUACCUCCACCUUAGCCCCACGUCUUUAUAAUAAAUUAUUUCAUUACCUCUAUUUCCAAUUAUAAUAUUCAAUUUGUUGUUAAUUUUUUCAAAUUUUUGUGUUUUAUUGAUUGUCUUUAUAAUACUUUAUAUAAAAAUAAACUGAUGAACAAAAC